AUGGGUUUUAUUAAGAAUAAAAAGAUUAUCAUAUUGUUUGAUUCAGGAGCGACACAUUCCUUUAUAUCUUUGUCUUGUGCGAAAGCCUUGGAAUUGACUAUUUUUUGUCUACCUUUUGAUUUAUGUGUUACUACCCCUGCUGAAAAAAAUCUUACUACCUCCACUGCAUGCUUGAAUUCUACUCUUGUUUAUCAAAAUGUGCAUUAUGAUGUUGAUUUGGUUUUUUUGCCUAUGUCUGGAUUAGAUGUUAUCCUCGGAAUGGAUUGGUUGUCGUUGAAUCAUGCAAUUAUAAACUGUUCUGAUAAAUCUAUCCUUGUUGCACCUCAACCUAUGAGUAUUGAUUCACCUCAUUCGUCCAAAUGUUUCGAGUCUGCUCUAGCUUGUCAUAAGUAUUUAGUUGAGGGAGCUCAAGGAUACAUGCUCUUACUUUCUUCUAAGGUAGAGGUUGAGUAUAAUUGA